AUGAAGAAAAAGGAUGUCCUCAACUUCCUUGAAGUAGGAACACACUUAGGUGGCACCAACCUUGAGUUCCAAGCGGAACAGGCCGUCCGCGAGAGUGAAAACCUGGCUGAUGGAAGUGUCACCAUCUCCAGGACUACUGACCAGGAAGCUGUGCUGAAGUUUGCUGCUGCCACUGACUGGAGCCACUCACACUGCCAGCAGCUUCACUUGUGGGCCUCCACCAACCGAACCCAGGCCGCCUUCCCCGACCCCCGACUGGACUUGCGGUUACCCACCCCGGCAGACAGCACCGCCAUCCGGCACGUCCAGGGAGCUCCCUCAGCGCUUGCGCGGCCGAGGAGGCUGGCGGGAGAAGUUCUGCGCAUGUGCGCGCUGUCUGGCGGGAACACCCACGGGAGGUGGGGCGCGAGCUCGCUUCUCCAGAGUCUGAAGAGAUUGGAAAAGAAAGGCGGGUGCUGCCAAAAAGGCCACAAAACGAGGAGGAGUCUCAGGGAAGGGGCUGCCCCAGCUCCUGAGUGCACUGCUCCCCAACCUGAGGUCGUACACGAGUCUGAAGGUGCACAGGUGCUCUCGGGGCCCAUCCGGCUGCUGCCCGCUGAGGACUAA